CUGUCAAAACUCGUGUGUGGAGAUGUAGGUGUGUGAAGCACCGUUGCUUCCUGAUCGGUCUCAACUGCUCAGGAUGCUUGCAGUGCCCUGUUGUCAUAGUGACGGAGGGUAGCGAGAGGAGCUUGCUCAUUGCGCCACCUGAUUGUGAGUGUGAGAGAGGGAGCCAGAGCGAGGGUAGGAAUCAGCGACACAGUUGCGCAGGAGCGAUGGAGAGGCAGAGUUUUUGCUGUGAUCAGUGUUUUCAUCAGUAGACCUGCUUUUCAGCUGCUGUUUUUUCUGGGUUUGGAGGGAGAAUUUUAACUCUUUCUUUCUUGCGCACAAACCUGGAUUAUCUGCCUACAUUUCCUGCAGAGAUGGGAGGAUUUUAACACCGUUUGAUGUGCCAGUGAGAUGGGAAUCCAUGUGUGUAGACUCCCACUCUUAGUGGGACACAAACAGACUUUGACUCGAUGCCUGGUGCCUCUGAGAGGCUGAGGGACACACAGCAGGCCUGGCCAGGGGCCCUCCAUGCCAUGGAAGAAUGCAAGCAGAUUAUGGCACGCCAGAAAUCUAACAGCCAGUCAGAUUCACACGACGAUGAGGUGUCCCCUCCACCUCCGAACCCCGUCGUCAAGGCCCGCCGGCGCAGGGGAGGGGUCAGCGCCGAAGUGUACACCGAGGAGGAUGCUGUCAGCUACGUACGCAAGGUGAUUCCAAAAGACUACAAGACCAUGACUGCCUUGGCUAAGGCCAUUUCCAAGAAUGUGCUGUUCGCUCAUCUGGACGACAAUGAAAGAAGUGACAUCUUUGAUGCCAUGUUCCCAGUCACCCACAUUGCAGGGGAAACGGUGAUCCAGCAAGGCGACGAGGGAGACAACUUCUACGUGAUUGACCAAGGUGAAGUGGAUGUGUAUGUUAAUGGUGAGUUGGUGACCAACAUUGGAGAAGGAGGUAGUUUUGGAGAACUAGCCCUGAUCUAUGGGACUCCAAGAGCUGCAACUGUCAAGGCCAAGACUGAUCUGAAGCUGUGGGGGAUUGACCGCGACAGCUACCGGCGCAUCCUCAUGGGGAGCACUUUAAGAAAGAGAAAGAUGUACGAGGAGUUCCUCAGCAAAGUCUCCAUUCUUGAGUCUUUGGAUAAGUGGGAACGCCUGACCGUGGCUGAUGCUCUGGAGCCUGUUCAGUUUGAGGAUGGAGAGAAGAUUGUGGUGCAAGGAGAGCCGGGCGAUGACUUCUUCAUAAUUACAGAGGGAAUAGCCUCUGUUCUGCAGCGCCGCUCCGACAAUGAGGAGUACGUGGAGGUGGGACGCCUCGGACCGUCCGACUACUUUGGGGAGAUCGCCCUGCUGUUGAACCGGCCCAGAGCAGCCACGGUGGUGGCCCGUGGGCCCCUCAAGUGCGUAAAGCUGGACAGGCCCCGCUUUGAGCGUGUGCUGGGGCCCUGCUCCGAGAUCCUCAAGAGAAACAUCCAGAGAUACAACAGCUUCAUCUCCCUCACCGUGUGACAGGUCAAAGCCCCCACCUGCAGGGGUGUCCAUCAUCAGCAUCUGAAUUUCAAAGACGGCGUAAAGAAGCGGGAUGUGAGGUUGCCAUAAGGUGGAUUCAACAUCCCCAACAAGAAAGUGCUUGUUUUCUGCAAUUUUGAAAUGUUUUUUUUUUAUUUGCUUGUUUCUUUUGUGUGCACUUUGACUUAACCUGUGCUGUCGUAGCUUUAUGUUAACACCAACAUGCGAAGGCGUAAAAGUCGGAAAGCAAAUAAUUUAACGCGAAUGGGUCGUGCACAGAGUGUGUCAGACAGAAGUGACGCAUGCAGGACUGCCUUAGAACGAUGUUUGCACUUUCAAGUAAUUUCUGUAGGGGAUGGAUAAAUUCAGGAAGCAUGGAUGAAGCGCGGUCAUGUUUACGUGCAGCGUGAGGAAGUGGCCAUGCAUUUCUUCACUCGCUGGCUGUUGUUUGGCUUUUUUGUACUUCACUUUUGACUGUACGUAAUACGAUUCUAAAUCAAAUCGAGCCGAUUUUUGUUACAGAAAAGGUCAAUUUAUUGUAGCUUUAAAAUUAAAAAACAACAAAAAAGUUGCUUUAACUGCUGGGUCUUAUUUGAGGAGUUUUAGGAGGCACACUUUAUUUUGAAACUUCACAAAAAAGGCUGCAGCCGAACACGAUUUAAUCCUUCUACAAAUGUAUUAUCUGUGCAUCACAGCAUGAUAUAGGUCAUUUAAAAUAAAUCCAUUCUUGAAAUACUUGUGAACAUCUUUGUUUUUCAGGUUUUUUUUAAAUGCACACUGUAGCAGUGAUGAGUUUUCGUUUUUACAGCUCACAACGGAAAAACUUUCGUCUCACUUUUAAUACACUCUUGGCUUUUUUUUUUUUUUUUUGCUUAUAAAAUGCAAAUCUUUAUUUAAUCUUACAGGUUUUUAACUGUGUGUGGUGUUCUGUCAAUUACUAAAAAAAAGGUUUUCUGAAGCAGUUCAAUCUGAGCUUUUAUAUUUCAAAGGCACUGUAGCGUUAUACAUACACUUUGCAAACAAUACAAACUCACAAAAGUACUCAAUAGUUUACCCAGUCUCAGGACUUGCUUCUACACAAACAUAUCUUACUUGACGAUUUGUUAAAACUGAUUUUCUCGUUAUUGUUUGCAUCACAUUUCUGCACUUCAAAGACAUUCAUUAUAGACGUUUAAGUGACGUAAUAAAUGUGCGUUGCUUUCCUUUGGUCAACUUUCACAUCUGAACCAGCAUCUCAUGUUGUGUAUUUGGGAUUGUUAAAAAAAUCCUUCUGUAUGCUCUCUCUUGUGUAACUUUUUUUUCUUUCAACUAUCAAUAAUCUUGGAAAAUAAAGCUAAGCCUCUAAAAUCUUCUUGAA